AUGUCUGGGUCUGGAGGCUCGGAGGUGAGGACUCCAAUUUUCUCCGGUGAGAACUACGAGUUCUGGAGGAUUAAGAUGGUAACGAUCUUCAAAUCUCUUGGGUUAUGGAGUCUUGUAGAAAAGGGGAUUCCAACCCCUGAUUCGAAGAAGACGAAGAAAGCUGAAGAGUCAUCGGAAGAAGAAGUUGAUGCAGAGAUGAUAGUUGUGCUCAUGAAAGACGUGAAGGCUCUGGGCAUUAUACAAAACGCAAUUUCUGACAAGAUCUUUCCUCGGAUUGCCUACACCGACUCAUCUAAAAUGGCAUGGAAUCUGCUCUAUAGUGAGUACCACGGUGGUGAUCAGGAGGUUAUUGCAAUAUUGAAGAGCCAAGAGCAGUGUUUUUACAUGCAUAAUGUGGACACAGCUGAGAAGGCAUUUGGCUCUUUCUCAGUCAAUACACAAGGGCAGAACAAGAAUAGUACUCAAACUGGUUCUGCUAAGUCUCAGAAAAAUUGGAAGUCUAACAACAAACCAUGGGAGUCUAGACCUAGCCACAGCAAGUUGGUGCUGCAUAGAACUCAAAUGGAUCACAAUAUGUGCAUCAAGAUAGAGUGA